CUCACUUUUUUAUAUUAGUUUUUGUUUACUUCGAGAUUCUGCUUUUUUGACUGGAAUUGUUGAAAAUAUUACUUUUUAAUUGUUAUUACUUGAAAUUUUGAGUAUUUGAUAUUAAAAUAUCUGUCAAUCAUUUUAUCCUCAAUUGAAGUGGUUUCUAUUAUCAAGAAAAUAUUGCUGUAAUUGAUCAUUCCUUAAAUAAAUUGAAAUGGCUUACCAUGGCCCUGAUUUUUCUAGCAGCGAAGACGAAUUUGAUGAUCCAGACUUCAAGGAGUUGGUUAGGCAACAGAGAUUGGAACGUAAUCAGAACUACAAUGGAAAUUUAACUGAAAAGCAACUAAAAGAGCAAAAAAUAAGGAAAAUUCAUAAUGAUAUCUUACAUGGAAAUAAUGAUGAAGUACUGAAAGUUGUUAAUGAAGUAAUUGGUUUGAAUGAGAAACUUGAGGAUGAUUGGACUCUGAUAUCAUUAGCUGCCUCUGUCGGCAAUUAUGAUCUUUUAGUACAACUGUAUGAAAUGGGAGCUGAAAUCAAGACAUUGAGAGGUGGUGACACAAUCCUCAUGUGUGCUUGUAAUUGUCCUGUAAGUAAAGCAGCCUUUGAAGAGUCUUCAAGGGUUAUUCAGUUUUUAUUAGACAAAGGAGUUGAUGUUAAUGCCAAGAAUAGAAAGAGAAUGAAUGCCCUCAUGUUCGCAGCCAGUAAUGGUAAUUUGAAUGCAGUUGAAUUGCUUCUUCCUCUAGUUGAUCUAAAUGAAGAAGAUAAUCAGAGUUGGGACGCUCUUUUUUGGGCAGUUUAUGGUGGAAAUGCUUCACUUGUUGAAUUUCUCAUAGAUAAAGGAAUGUCAAUUGAUCGAACCGAUAUAAGAGGUAACACACCUUUGGAUAUAGCUGUAGAUAACAACUAUCAGGAUAUUAUCAAAUUACUUACACCUGAGGAAGAAGAUGGUGAAGAUUACGCAAUAGAUACUCACAUAAAUUUUGAAGAUAUAUUUCGUGGUUUGAAAGAUAAAGAAAAACCACUCUUUUUACAAGAUAUUUACAAUUUUUUAUAUGGUACACGAUGUGAAAAUUUGAUGAAAUUAUUCGUAAACAACAAUGUUAGCUUAUUAGACCUACUGUCGUCUUCAGAAGAAGAAUUCAAAGAUAUGGGAGUUGCAAUGCCUUUUCAGAGGAGGAGACUUAUGACCGGUAUUCACAUAUUUCAUAAAACACCAUUUCAACCCGGCUCUAUUCCUGUGGUAGGAAAAAAUGAACUUUACAGUAAUGUUGACAUAGCAGUCGCUGUUUUCUCAGCUAUAAAGCAAUCUAUAUGCAUGGAAGCAGCUUUGAAAUAUAUAAUGAAGAAUGGCGAUAAUUUAAAAUGCGCACAUGGAAGCGAAGAAAUUGAGAAUGUCCUCUGCAGCCUCGAAUCAAAAGUAUCAAGGUUGAAGAAAGUUGUUGUUAAGUUACAGAGCAAAGGUAUUGAAUGGGAUUCUCAAAUAGAACAAGUUAAUAUUAUAACAUCUAGAACUGGAAAGAGAUGGUUUCCUUGGAGAAAAACAGUAAUUCUUUUCGGCAUUGUUAUUGCCGUCAGUGUUAAAUUGUGGAAAAAAACCAAUUAUUAAUACUAUCUAAUAUCUAUAAUAUUAAGUAGUGGUAAGAACAAAAAAAACUGUAUAAUUAUUAUUACUAUUACUUGAUUAAAUUGUUAUCU